GUGGAGGGGGAGAGGCAGGGAGAAGACGACGGGAGAGCGGUAUCUUACAUUUGUGGCCCUCCGUCUCCUUCCCCUCGUCCUCGGUGCUCGAAGAAGCAAAACGCCGCUUAACCACGGCGACUACACCGAGGGGGCUUCGCUAGUAUUCAUCACUUGGUCGGGUUCUAUCGACAGCGAAUUUGUGGUGAAGGAGGAGAGGGAUGCAAAUGGUAUUCUUGGUCUGGUGACAGAUCUGCAAUCGUCCCACUCUGGUUCUUCUUGUUGGCCCAACCCGACACAUCCUCAUCUCCAGAACCACUGGCCCCGGAUCCGGAUCCUCACCCACUCAACUCACUCCCCCUUGGGACACGUCUCCCCUCCUCUCUCCACGUUGUUUUUCUGAUUCUUCUCGCCCAUUGAGAUAAAUGAGUGGUCCAGCUGUAGUCAGCAGGGCUGGGACAAGUACCAGAACCCAAACAGAAUGUCCUGGCUCAACGGCUUCCUAGUGGCCAGAGUGGACGACCGCAAGACCCCGUGGGGCGAGCGCAAUGGCAAGAAGUCCAAGCGCAAGGGCACCUCUUCCCUCUGCAACCCGCGCUACAUGAGCUGCCUGAGGGACGCUGAGGCCAUGGAGCCCCCCGUGCAGGCUCCGACGCCCCUACCCCAGCGAGGCGCGGGGGGUGAUUUAGUAGGUGGUGGUGGUGGUGGUGGUCUGGGAGGGGGUCCUGUCCCGGUCGGCGGGAACAGCCAGUUCGGCGCGCGCUGCGGCUGGCAGGAAGACCACUACGGCAUCCGCAGCGGAGCCGGCGGCGGGUCGGGGGAGGGCGUGGGGCUCAAAUCAGUCAACCUGGACUUCAAGGACGGGGACGCGGCGCACAAGGGAGGUGGUGGUGGCGGCGGCGGCGGCAGCGGAGACGCCAGCGGAGGGGAGGAGGACGAGGACGACAACGCGGGCGUGCUAACGGCGGCCGACUGCUGGCAGCGCGUGCUGCGCGUCUUCCAGUCCAAGAAGUUCACGUCGCGCAAGCUGGAGCGGCUGUACCAGCGCUACUUCUUCCGGCUGAACCAGAGCUCGCUCACCAUGCUGAUGGGCGUGUUGGUGCUGGUGUGUGGCGUCAUGCUGGCGUUCCAUUGCGUACACGCGCCGCCGCACCCGGCCUACGCAGCGCUGCUCUCGGUGGCCAUGGGCCUGUUCCUGGCCCUCAUGGUGGUCUGCAACCGCAACGGCUUCCACCAGGACUACAUGUGGAUGGUCAGCUACCUGGUGAUCGCCGUGCUGCUGCUGGUGCAGGCGCUGGGCGUGCUGAUGGUGGCGCCCCCCAGUGCCUCGGAGGGCAUCUGGUGGUCGGUCUUCUUCAUCUACAUCAUCUACACGCUGCUGCCCGUGCGGAUGAGGGCGGCCGUCAUCAGCGGGGGGCUGCUCUCCUGCAUACACCUCGCCGUCACCUGGAGGAUCAACCUGCAGGACGCCUUCCUCUGGAAACAGCUGAGUGCCAACGUGCUGAUCUUCCUGUGCACCAACAUCAUUGGGAUCUGCACGCACUAUCCCGCAGAGGUGUCCCAGCGGCAAGCCUUCCAGGAGACGCGCGGCUACAUCCAGGCCAGACUGCACCUGCAGAGGGAGAACCAGCAACAGGAGCGUUUGUUGCUGUCGGUGUUGCCAAGGCACGUAGCCAUGGAGAUGAAGGCUGACAUCAACGCCAAAAAGGAAAACAUGAUGUUCCACAAGAUCUACAUCCAGAAACACGACAACGUCAGUAUCCUGUUUGCAGACAUCGAGGGCUUUACCAGUUUGGCGUCUCAGUGCACUGCACAGGAGCUGGUCAUGACACUGAAUGAGCUGUUUGCUCGCUUUGACAAGCUGGCCUCGGAGAACCACUGUCUGCGCAUCAAGAUCCUGGGUGACUGUUACUACUGUGUGUCUGGGCUGCCUGAGCCCCGAGCUGACCACGCACACUGCUGUGUGGAGAUGGGAGUCGACAUGAUCGAGGCCAUCUCGCUUGUGCGAGAGGUCACGGGCGUGAACGUGAACAUGCGCGUGGGCAUCCACAGCGGGCGCGUGCACUGCGGCGUGCUGGGACUCAGGAAGUGGCAGUUUGACGUCUGGUCCAACGACGUGACUCUGGCCAAUCACAUGGAGGCUGGGGGCAAAGCAGGGAGAAUCCACAUAACUAAAGCCACACUGCAGUAUCUAAAUGGGGACUAUGAGGUGGAGCCGGGUUUUGGUGGGGAGAGGAACGCCUACCUGAAGGAGAACAACAUAGAGACCUUCCUGGUACUCGGAUGCAGUCAGAAACGGAAAGAGGAGAAGGCCAUGAUGGCCAAGAUGCAGCGCGCGCGCGCCAACUCCAACGAAGGCCUCAUGCCCCGCUGGGUGCCCGACCGCUCCUUCUCGCGCACCAAGGACUCCAAAGUCUUCAGACAAAUGGGUAUUGAUGAAUCAUCCAGCAAAGACAACCGUGGUGCCCAGGAGGCUAUGAAUCCUGAAGAUGAGGUGGAUGAGUUCUUGGGCAGAGCCAUAGACGCCCGCAGCAUCGACCAGCUGCGCAAAGACCACGUCAAGAAGUUCCUGCUCACCUUCCAGACCUCCAGUCUGGAGAAAAAGUAUUCUAAGAAGGUGGAUGACCGCUUUGGGGGCUACGUGGCCUGCACUCUGCUGGUCUUCUGUUUCAUCUCCUUCAUCCAGAUCGUCAUCUUCCCACACACCCCGGUGAUGCUGGGGAUCUAUAUCAGUAUCUUCAUCAUCCUCGCCAACAUCCUCUUCAUAUGUGCCAUCUACUCUUGUAUUAAGCUGUUUCCGACGGCUAUGCAGACUGUGUCUAAGAAGAUAGUGCAGUCUCGGACCAACAGCACCUUGGUCGGGGUCUUCACCCUCAUCCUUGUAUUCAUCUCUGCCUUCAUUAACAUGUUUGCCUGUGACACGGAGCGGCUGGUGGAUUGCGUUGCCCGGGAGAUGAACUCCUCGUCCGACCUGGUGACCCCCUGUGUCAUCCACAACCUGUCGCGGACGGCGGAGGAGGGCCUGGUGCUGUGCCCCAGCAACACCCCCUCCUGCCCUUUUCCAGAGUAUUUCAGCUACAGUGUGCUGCUGACGCUGCUGGCGUGCUCGGUGUUCCUCCAGAUCAGCAGUAUUGGGAAGCUGGCCCUCAUGCUGCUCAUGCAGCUCACCUUCCUGCUGCUCGUCGAGUGGCCACAGGUGGCGCUGUUCGACAACGCAGACCUCUUUGUCACGGCCAAUGCCCUUGUUUUUAAUGAAUCUCUACAAUGGUCCAGUUUCAAUGAAACGUCAGACCAGUGUCCUUACAGUGUGACCAAAGUGUCUCUUAAAGUCAUGACCCCGGUGAUCCUGACGGUGUUCGUGCUGGCACUGUACCUCCAUGCCCAGCAGGUGGAGUCCACCGCACGCCUGGACUUCCUCUGGAAGCUACAGGCGACAGAGGAGAAGGAGGAGAUGGAGGAGCUGCAGGCGUAUAACCGGCGCCUCCUCCACAACAUCCUGCCCAAAGACGUGGCGGCCCACUUCCUGCAGCGGGAGCGGCGUAACGACGAGCUCUACUACCAGUCGUGCGAGUGCGUGGCCGUCAUGUUCGCCUCCAUCAGCAACUUCUCCGAGUUCUACGUGGAGCUGGAGGCCAACAACGAGGGAGUCGAGUGCCUCAGGCUCCUCAACGAGAUCAUCGCAGACUUCGAUGAAAUCAUCAGUGAGGAGAAGUAUCGGCAGCUAGAGAAGAUCAAGACCAUCGGCAGCACCUACAUGGCAGCCUCGGGCCUCAACGACUCCACCUACGACAAGGAGGGCCGCUCGCACAUCACCGCCCUGGCCGACUACGCCAUGCGCCUGCGCGAACAGAUGGCCCACAUCAACGAGCAUUCCUUCAACAACUUCCAGAUGAAGAUCGGUCUAAACAUCGGGCCAGUGGUCGCUGGUGUUAUCGGGGCAAGAAAACCUCAGUACGACAUAUGGGGCAACACUGUCAACGUAGCCUCUCGCAUGGACAGCACAGGGGUUCCCGACCGGAUUCAGGUGACCACGGACAUGCACCAGGUGCUGGACAAGAAAGGCUACAGUCUGGAGUACCGCGGUGUGGUGAAGGUCAAGGGCAAGGGAGAGAUGACCACCUACUUUCUCAACGCCGGGCCUUCCAAGAGUUAGCACCGGCUAGCUAGCGGUCGCCACACUUACUUACUUACCAUGAAAGCAGAUUUUCAUCCGCUCUCCUAGCCAUCCCCAAGGCUAAAGUCAAGGGUUGGUGUUGGUGGAGGAAGAGCUAAUCGAAAACCUACCCCACUCCCACACCACACCACAGCCCAAAUGUCAAAACCUGUAGCCAUGCCACCACUUGAAGGGAAAAAAAGAAGAAGAAAAGAAACAGAAAUUGAUGAAAACAAAAGAAGUGAAAGAAAGGACGAUGAGACAAUGCUGUUGAGAGGGGAAAGCUGUCGUGUCGUAGCUCACCAGUGGGGGGCAGACACAUCCAAGGACGAUUGUUAUGUAGUUUUUAAAAGUCGCUCUCUCAGGCUUUUUGAAAGAUGCAAAGUCUGUUUAUUUAACUUAAAAAGGCCUUCAGCCGAUGAAGAAAAAUGCUGUACAUAAGGCUUUUUUUUCUCUCUCUCGACUAUUUUUGUGCGGCAUCCAUUUUUUUCACCAUGUUUUCUUGUUUCGUUUUCUUUUUAUUUUGGAUUAUGACUACAGGUACUUGUUUACUGCAAAUUUUUCAUAAUUCCUUAUUUAUUUUAAAAAAUCUUGAUGUUUUGUGCAAAAAAUCUUUUAUGGGGAAAACAUUUGAAGAAACACGUGCACAUAUAUACAGUACAUAAUGAGUAUGUACAGAUGUAUAUGUGUAUUUAAAGUAUUUAGAGAUAUAUGUAUAAAUUGAAGAGAAAAUAAUAUCGACCAAAGACCAAAGUAUUUAACAGAAAUCUAAAUGACGUGUCGGUUUUGCGCCUGCGCGACUUCACAGAUGUUUGGAAUUGAAGUGUAUGCCCUGUGAUCUCUCUCCUCCCCUGUGUUUAGUUCCCUCACUUUUGUUGCUCGUUACGGCCACAGCAAUGUCUUCAUUGAUGGUUGACGGAGUAUUAUAUACUUAAAUGCUUGAAACACCUCAACAUUAUUUGUGUUCCAAGCUUUUAGGCAUUGGAAGCCUUUAAAAAGGAAGCUGGAUGAUUUUUUUUGUUGUUGGUUUUUUUUUUUCGUUGGAGGAGGAGAAGGGUGUUUUUUGUCCAUCCAUAUAUUCUCCACACUCUUCUUGGUUGGAUAGAGGAGUGACAACCGUCCGUGUCUCGGCCACAUGUGGGGAGCGUACCGUACAUCAAGGUCUGGAGCCUACCAGGAGGCAGGGACCUCGGGCAGGACCAGACCUCCAGCACCCCUACUGGGGCCAGGGUGGCAGGAGACCAGGGCACCUUCCUCCAUGGACCUUUGACUGGGCACGUCCAGUAACACAUCUCCAGUCAGUCCUCCAGUCUGUCACGUUCCAUCUGGAAUCUCCUCUUCUUCUUCUUUUUUGGCUACAAAAAUUCAACUAACAUUGCGAGUGAAACGAGCGCAAGAGAAAUAGACCGUACUGAGACACGGGGAGUGAAGACAGCCACGGUAUUGGAUAUAAUGGUACCACACAGUUUGUUGCAUUUGAAUUCCUAUAAGAGAGACUUCUUUUUCUAAAAAAGAAAGAAAUAUAUAAGAAAUCUAUAAAUUAUGACUGAAUACUGUGCUUUGUUAUCUUGAAGGGGCAUAUCUCUUUUCACUGUGAGGUUUCUAUGAUACGACAAAACUGCUUUCUUGCCAAACCUAACUGCUCUAAAGCAUGUCUGAUUGUGGUAUCUUCAGCAUUUUGUUUGUUUUGUUUGUUUGUUUGUUUUGAGUUUUCAAUGUCGGGUAUUUUGUAUCAUCUCUGUAUUCAUUAUUUUUGACUUCUUCUUAUGGUUGUUAUUAUGCAUUGAUGAUUACGAUUCCAUUCCAUGGUGAAGGCAGGAACAAAAGGGGGCCGGAGCGCUACCGAUAUGCUUAGCUAAUAAGCCCAAGCUCACAUGGUACCAACUGAUCAACUCCCAAGAGUCAAGAGUCCAGUUGAACAGUAUUUUUUAAGCCCCAGACGUCUGUCCUCCCUGGCACACACCACACACACACAAAGAGAAGAGAAAAAAAAAUAUCAAGCAUGUUUCCUUGCAUGAUUUUAAUCACGCAUUUUGUUUUCUUCUAAAUAAGGCCACCAGGAGAGUUGAUAGCUUUUCUGACCUGAAGGGUAUUUUUUUUUUUGUGAUGAGGAAAACAAAACAAAAUGCUGCUAUCUUAACUUAUGGCAGCAUGCGGCUUCUUGUUAAGACACUAAAACACAGAGUGAUGUUUUUGGGAAGAGCUGUAGUGGUCUGUCCGUCACUGAGAUGGUGGUGGUGGUGAGCUGUCGGCAGCGGCGCUGCAUGUGUGCGACGAGAUGGAUUUGCCUUAAAUGAUCAGCGCCCCUCAUUGAGGGAUGUCAACAGUGCCUCCCUGCCAGGAAGAGAGAGAGAGAGAGAGACGUCCAGAGAGAGAUGGAGCGACAGAUAAAGAGAGGAAGGGGAAAAGAAGUAUUGUCUCCUGCCAGAGUGUGCGUAUUACAACAGCUUAAUGGCUGUAAGCUACCACAGAGCAUUUGUUCUUGCACUGGGAGAAUAUUACUGUAUAGGCUUUUUUUGGUUGUUGUUCGUUUUGGUUUUUUGCUCUGUUUACUUCUUUUGACUGUUUGUUUGUAUUUGGUUUUUUUUUGUUUUUAUGUUUUUUUAAUCAGCCCACCCUACCGCAUCUCGUGACAGCUCCACCUCACUUCACUUCACUGGCUAAUCGUGACCGUUGAUCAAGUUUGUACCAAACGGACGCGGCGGGCGGCUUGUGCCUUUGCCACUCCGUUACACCACCAGUGUUGCUGAGGGAGGACACUGCUGUGCUGUGGACCAUCAGACCUUGCAAGGGCCACAAAGCACAUUUACACACAAGCACUGUGGGGAGGUCACAGGUUAGCAUUGAGGGGGUUUCAUGACCUUGAGCUGAGACGAGGGGAAGGGGGGGGGGGGGUUUAAAAGAAAGAUUUGAUGAAGUAUUUUACGACUACUGAAGAAACACACUGGGGCCUCUGUGUCUACGUAGAUCGGGCAUGAAGAACCCUGAUCAUCUUUUCUUUUCCUUUUUUUUCAUUUGUUUUGCUUUGCUUUGUUUUGUUUUUCUCCUUUACUUUAGUCAAAGGACUAGAAAAGGGAUAAGCAUUUCAACUUUUUUUGCAGAUGAAAGUUGAAAAAAAAAAAGACUGACAACCAUAACAUUUCCCCUUGAAGAAAAAAAAAUAAAAGUGUCUGUUUUAA